CGCGCUUUCAGUCGGACGUGUUUUCGCUGGGUUCUUCCGCGUCGGUCCACCUUAUCUGCGCUGCGCUGGCACUUCGUUGGAGUGAGGGAGACGGAGGAGCUGAGCGGUACGGUACACGAAGUCGCGCAUGACGCGGCGCCCUGGAAAAUUGCAUUUUCGUACGCUUCGAGCGCGUAAUUUAUGCCCGAAAUGCUGGCCAAUUUCAAUUUGUUGGCCUGAAUGCGACGAGCGUGUGUGGGUGUGUGGGUGUGUGUGCGUGAGUGGGAAAAGUGCCUGGAAAAGUGCGUAGAAAUCGACAAUCGUUUUGUUUGCCCGCGCUGCUGCUGCGCUGCGACUGCGCUGCUUGUGGGUGGUCAACGGGAUCGCGGGGCUGGGAGAGCCGAUUGUUGACGUUGUUUCGCAUGCUGCCUCUCUUUCUCGCAGCCGGAAUUGUUUGUCGCGUGUUUUAACGGCUAUUUCUUAUUGACAAAACCGCCUCUGACGACGUCGCUGCCCCGGCAUUGUUAUUGUUAUUGUGUGUGGUUUCUGGCGCUCUUCUUCUUCUCCCUCCUCGCCGUAUUCCCACUUAUUGUUAUUCUCUCUUUUCCGCGGCUAAGUGCGCGCACUCAAGGUGAAAAUAUUUUAAGUUCUUUCGAGUGCCCGCGAGUGUUUGAAUUUGAAUAAAAUAAAUAUAAAGUCAAAUUCGAUUUACGAUCGUCGCCUAUCGACGGAUGAUUCAAUACCCAUCACCAUACAGUGGCACAUCUGUACAAGGGAUAUUUUCACAUUCUGCGGACAUAACGAGGCCGACAAAUCAGUGCAAUUAACUCGCGUAACCGACUGCGCCUCCAAACAAUAGCUCCCAGCUCAGGAACAGCUACGGGCAGAGAAACAGCAACAGGCACGUGGGGAGCAUCGGGUGGAGACCCAUUGUUGCGCCACCUGGCGGCAGCCACUGUACACACUCGGCACCCUCGACUUGGUUUCCAAUCCCUUCGCGAGCCCCAACCCACAGAGGGCUUCAGACAUGGGCGAAAAUAUAAUUGGCUCGGCGAGCUUCCUGCACUUGGGGGACAUUGUGUCCCUCUAUGCGGAGGGCAGCGUUUGCGGUUUCUUGAGCACACUCGGCCUGGUCGAUGAUCGCACAGUGGUGUGUCCCGAGGCCGGAGACCUCAGCUGUCCGCCUAAGAAGUUCAGGGACUGCCUCAUCAAAAUAUGCCCCAUGAAUCGCUAUUCCGCGCAGAAACAAUUUUGGAAAGCAGCUAAGCAAUCGGCCAGCUCCAAUACGGAUCCCAAUCUUCUCAAGCGUUUGCAUCAUGCGGCGGAGAUCGAGAAGAAACAAAACGAGACGGAGAACAAGAAGCUGCUGGGCACCUCAAUCCAAUAUGGACGGGCUGUGGUGCAGUUACUGCAUCUGAAGUCCAACAAAUACUUGACAGUUAACAAGCGGCUGCCGUCGCUGCUGGAGAAGAAUGCCAUGCGCGUUUAUCUGGACGCCAACGGGAACGAGGGCUCGUGGUUCUACAUCAAGCCCUUCUACAAGCUACGCUCCAUCGGCGAUUACGUGGUGGUGGGGGACAAGGUUAUUCUAAGUCCGGUGAACGCGGAUCAGCAGAACCUCCAUGUGGCAGCCAACUACGAACUGCCCGACAAUCCCGGCUGCAAGGAGGUCAACGUUCUGAACUCGUCGACCUCCUGGAAGAUCUCGUUGUUCAUGGAGCACAAGGAGAACCAGGAGCACAUCCUCAAGGGCGGCGACGUGGUGCGUCUAUUCCAUGCCGAGCAGGAAAAGUUUCUCACCAUGGACGAGUACAAGAAGCAGUACCACGUCUUUCUGCGCACCACCGGACGCACCAGUGCCACAGCGGCCACAAGUAGCAAGGCGCUCUGGGAGAUCGAGGUGGUUCAGCACGACUCCUGCCGUGGCGGUGCCGGCGAUUGGAACUCUCUGUACCGUUUCAAGCACCUGGCUACGGGACACUAUCUGGCAGCCGAGGCGGAAAUCGAUGUUUCGGCCGGCGCGAUGUCUGCCACUUCUGCAUCAGGACACGAUCUGCAUUUGGGCGAUUGUAGCAAGGACUCUGGCCUCAGCUGCUCCACCAUGAACUCUACCAUAAACGACAAACCCAAGGGAAAGCAGUACCGCCUCGUGUCCGUUCCGUAUUCUGCGGACAUUGCCUCGGUGUUCGUUCUGGACGCCACCACAAUGGCACGUCCCGACAGUCUGGUCCCACAGUCCAGCUAUGUGCGACUGCAGCACAUUUGCUCCAACACCUGGGUUCAUGCCACUUCAAUACCCAUCGAUGCCGACGACGACAAGCCGGUGAUGUCGAUGGUCUGCUGCUCACCCAUCAAGGAGGACAAGGAGGCCUUUGCGCUGAUUCCCGUCUCCCCGGUGGAGGUUCGCGACCUGGACUUCGCCAAUGACGCGUGCAAAGUGCUAGCCACGGUUACCAGCAAGCUGGACAACGGCAGCAUCUCCAUCAACGAGCGACGGGCACUGAUCUCGCUGCUGCAGGAUAUAGUGUACUUUAUAGCCGGAAUGGAGAACGAACAGAACAAGACAAAGGCUCUGGAAUUCACCAUCAAGAACCCAAUCAGAGAUCGGCAGAAAUUGCUGCGCGAACAGUACAUCCUUAAGCAGCUGUUCAAGAUCUUACAGGGUCCUUUUCAAGAGCACACAGCCGGAGACGGUCCGUUCCUGCGGUUGGAUGAGCUCAGUGAUCCGAAGAACAGUCCUUACAAGAAUAUCUUUCGUCUGUGCUACCGUAUCCUGAGGUUGUCGCAACAGGAUUACCGGAAGAACCAGGAGUACAUCGCCAAGCACUUUGGCCUAAUGCAGAAGCAGAUCGGAUACGAUAUUCUGGCAGAGGACACCAUCACGGCCCUGCUGCACAACAACCGAAAGCUGCUGGAGAAACACAUAACGGCCGCAGAAAUUGAAACCUUCGUCGGUCUUGUGCGGAAGAACAUGCACAACUGGGACUCGCGGUUUCUCGACUACCUCUCAGACUUGUGCGUGUCCAAUCGCAAGGCUAUCGCGGUCACCCAGGAGUUGAUUUGCAAGAGCGUGCUGAGCGACAAGAACAAGGACAUACUGAUCGAGACGCAGGUAAGAGCACUGCGGACCGGAUCCGGCCCAGCGCGCUGCUACAAGGGCACCUCCGAGGACGUGUGCCUGGCCACGCUCGCCGAGGACGCCGGCGACGAUGAGGAUCGGUCUGAUGUGCAGUCCACGUCCACCACAACCACCUGGGACAGUGCCAGCCUGAACGAGGACGAUGGUAGCCCAUCUACGGGGGAUAAGUACGAAAUCCACCUCAAGUGGACGGGACAACCGACAUCCCGGUCCAUGGCUGAUUUGGCCAGUUGCGAUGGCGGCGAGCUGGAGGCGGCUAUUCUGAACUACUAUCGCCACCAGUUGAAUCUGUUCUCCAACAUGUGCCUCAACCGCCAGUACUUGGCCCUAAAUGAGCUUUCGCCUCGCCUGGAUAUUGACUUAAUCCUGAAAUGCAUGUCGGAUGAAACCAUGCCCUACGAGCUGAGAGCUUCGUUCUGCCGAUUGAUGUUGCACCUUCACGUGGAUCGCGAUCCCCAGGAACCAGUGACACCUGUGAAGUAUGCCCGCCUUUGGAGUGAGAUACCGUCAAAGAUGUCCAUACAGGACUACGAUGGCAAGAACCAGCAGCCAGAUCAAAACAAGCAAGCCUGUCGCGCCAAGUUCAACACAACCAUCGCCUUUGUGGAGAACUACCUGUGCAAUGUGGCCACCAAGGUGUGGCUCUUCACAGAUCAAGAGCAAAACAAACUCACCUUCGAGGUUGUUAAGCUCGCAAGGGAUCUGAUUUAUUUCGGAUUCUACAGCUUUAGCGAUCUUCUAAGACUCACCAAGACGCUUCUGUCCAUCCUGGACUGCGUCUCGGAUACUUCAUCAGGUGCCUUUGCCAGCACGGAUAUUGAUUCUGAAGGUGGAGUUCUACGCUCUAUUGGGGACAUAAACACAGUAAUGACAUCUUUGGCCCUGGGAUCAGUGGGCCAGGCCAUAGCUGCGCCCACGAUCUCCCUGCAGCAGCGGAAGUCCGUCUCCCAGUUAAUGAAGGAGUAUCCCUUGGUGAUGGACACCAAACUGAAGAUAAUCGAGAUACUGCAGUUCAUUUUGGACGUUCGUCUGGACUAUAGGAUCAGCUGCCUGCUCUCCAUAUUCAAGCGGGAGUUCGACGAGUCCGAGGUGGCCGCUUCGGCCGCUAACAAUGAGGCAAGUCAGCAGCAGUCGCAACAACAGGCACCGCAGACGCCUGCCAGCUCCAAUGAGACCGAUCUCCUCGAUAGUGCUGAGUCUGUGGCCGCCGGAGCUGCCGCAGCCGCCGCCACCGCUGCCCGCCAGAAGAACAUCGACCUGGAGUCCAUCGGCGUGCAGGCGGAGGGAAUCUUCGACUGCGAGCGGAGCGACGCAGCUAACCUGGACCUGGAUGGCCAGGGCGGACGUACUUUUCUGCGUGUCCUACUCCACCUGAUCAUGCACGACUACGCUCCCCUGGUCUCGGGUGCCCUGCACCUUCUGUUCCGGCACUUCAGUCAGCGCCAGGAGGUCCUCCAGGCUUUUCGACAGUUUAAAAAAACACAACUAACAAAGUGGACUUUCAACGCAUACCGUACCGACCGAUCUUUUGAUUUUGUGCAACUUCUGGUGUCGGACAGUGACGUGGAGUCCUAUAAGCAAAUCAAGUCCGAUCUGGACAUCCUUCGCCAGAGCGUGGAAAAGUCGGAGCUGUGGGUGUACAAGGCAAAGGCCACCGAUGAGUUGGGGGCCACCGACGCUGGCGGAGAUGCUGUUAGCCUGGAGUACAAUGCCGCCUUGUCGCAGGAGCAGCGAAACGAGUACCGCAAGGUCAAGGAGAUUCUCAUCCGCAUGAACAAAUUUUGCGUAACUGCCUCCGGUCCAGGUUCGGUGGUCAAGCCACGCAAGCAUGAGCAACGACUGCUCCGCAAUGUUGGCGUCCACACCGUCGUCCUCGAUCUCCUCCAGAAUCCGUACGACGAGAAGGACGACGAGCUGAUGAAGGAGCUCAUGUGUCUGGCCCACGAGUUCCUGCAGAACUUCUGUCUGGGCAAUCAGCAGAACCAAGUCCUGCUGCACAACCACCUCGAUCUGUUCCUGAAUCCGGGCAUUCUGGAGGCGAAGACUGUGUGCGCCAUCUUCAAGGACAACUUGGCCCUGUGCAACGAGGUGACGGACAAGGUGGUACAGCACUUUGUGCACUGCAUCGAAAUCCAUGGCCGUCACGUAGCCUACCUGCAGUUCCUGCAGACCAUAGUGCGGGCGGAGAACCAGUUCAUCCGCCGCUGCCAGGACAUGGUGAUGCAGGAGCUCAUCAACUCCGGCGAGGAUGUGCUGGUCUUCUACAACGACAAGGGUUCCUUCAACCACUUCGUUCAGAUGAUGCAGCAGCAGAUGCUGCGCAUGGAAAAGCUCAGCGACGACAGCCCCUUGAAGUAUCACGUCGAGCUGGUGAAGCUCCUGGCUUGCUGCACCAUGGGCAAGAACGUCUACACGGAGAUUAAGUGCAACAACCUUCUCUCUCUGGACGACAUAGUGACUAUCAUCUGCCACCCAUUGUGCAUGCCGGAGGUUAAGGAAGCCUACGUGGACUUUCUUAACCACUGCUACAUUGACACGGAGGUCGAGAUGAAGGAGAUCUACGCCUCCGGGCACAUGUGGAGCCUGUUCGAGAAGAGCUUCUUGGUGGACAUCAACCAGCUCAUCACAAACCCCGCCGCCGCCAGCAACAAGACGCUCCAAGCGUACGUCCUGAAUGGGGUAACCAAUCUUUUAGGCAGCUUCUUUGCCAGUCCGUUUUCGGAUCAGAGUGCCAUCGUGCAGUCUCGCCAGUUGAUCUUCGUCCAGCUGCUACAGGCUGCGCACAGAAUCACCCAGUGCCGCUGGCUGUCGCUGGGUGAUCGUUUCAACGUGGAAAACUGCAUCCGCACGCUGACAGAGUCGGCCAAAAUGCGUAGCAUCGCACUGCCCCCCGAGCUGGAGCAGCAGGUGGCCACAAUGUCCAGCAAGACGGCUAUGCUAACCCGACAGACCACUAAAUGGCUGCUGGCCUCCAAGCAGCCCAAGUACGAGGCUCAGCAAGCGGCCAGUCUGAUGCGCUGGGACCGCUCAAUCAUCGAGGGCUUGCAGGACAUAGUGUCUCUCUUGGAGGAUCAACUAAAGCCGGUGGUGGAGGCGGAACUAUCUCUGCUAGUGGAUAUACUGUACCGCUCAGAGCUGCUCUUCCCCGCCGGAACAGAGGCCCGGAAGCGCUGCGAAAGCGGUGGAUUCAUCCGAAAGCUAAUCAAGCACACCGAAAAGCUGCUGGAGGAGAAGGAGGAGCGCAUGUGUGUAAAGGUUCUUCGCACGCUGCGUGAAAUGAUGGCCAUUGAUGUGAACUACGGCGAGAAGGGCGAUGCACUGCGACAGACACUUUUGCUACGCUACUUCCAGAGCAAAAGCACGCCCAGGUUGCCGGAGGAUGAGGUUCCUCUGCUUGCCGCUCCUUUGAUGGAUCCAGCUAAGCAAAACCACCUAGUGACCCACGGACCAGGGGCGAAGUAUUUGCAGCGAGCGGGCAAAACGCUUCACGAGAUGCAGAACCACUUGGACAGAGAAGGCGCCUCGGAUCUUGUGGUCGAGCUGGUUAUCAAGUCCGUUCACUCGCCCAAUAUUUUUGUCGAGGCUGUGGAAUUGGGCAUUGCACUUCUGGAAGGCGGCAACCCCAUUAUACAGAAGGGUAUGUUCCAGAAGUUCCUCAGUGACGACCUCAACCAGGCCUUCUUUAAAGUCUUCUUUGAGAAGAUGAAGGAUGCACAGCAAGAGAUCAAGUCCACCGUCACUGUGAACACCACCGACAUUGCGGCUAAAGCCCAGGAGCACAAACAGGACACCAAUCUGGAGCUAGACAAGAUCGCUCGCAAGCAUGGCCUCAAGAGCAACGGAGUGGUGAUCACUGAGGAACUAAAGCGGGAACUCCACAAUGCCGGACUGGCAACAGCCCGUGCCUACGGGAAUGCACGAAACAUCCACUCCGGCGAGGACAGCUCUGCCAUCAGUGUGAACAGUCCGCUGGAGGAUAUACUGGCCGAGAAGCUGGAAAAGCACAAGGACAGUCGGGAUCAGCGCAACCAAUUGUCAAACAAGGUGCUGGUCAUGCAACCUAUCUUGCGGUUCCUUCAGCUGCUCUGCGAAAACCACAAUCCGGACAUGCAGAACCUGUUGAGGAACCAGAACAACAAGACGAACAACAACCUGGUAUCGGAGACGCUUAUGUUCCUAGACUGCAUUUGUGGCUCCACGACCGGCGGUUUAGGAUUACUAGGCCUGUACAUAAACGAGCAUAACGUGGCCCUGAUCAACCAGACGUUGGAGGCCCUCACGGAAUACUGCCAAGGACCGUGCCACGAGAACCAGAACUGCAUAGCCACGCACGAAUCAAAUGGGCUGGACAUCAUCACGGCGCUUAUUCUGAAUAAUAUCAAUCCACUGGGCGAGAACCGCAUGGAUCUGGUCCUGGAGCUGAAGAACAAUGCCUCCAAGUUGCUCCUGGCCAUUAUGGAAAGUCGGGGAGACAGCGAAAACGCGGAACGCAUUCUGUACAACAUGAACCCCAAGCAACUGGUAGAGGUGGCCUGCAAGGCAUACCACCAGGAGGAGCUAAUCGACGAGCAAGACGAUGGGGAUGAGCCGGACGUCGGGUCGGACGAUGAUGACGCCACUGUGAGUCCGCGGGAGGUGGGUCACAACAUAUACAUUCUGUGCCACCAGCUGGCGCAGCACAACAAGGAGUUGGCCGGCCUGCUCAAAGCCUCCGAGGAUCCGCAGUCCGCCAGCUUCGACGCCAAGACAAGUCAGGCCUUGAUGUACUACGCCACGCACACUGCCCAGAUAGAGAUUGUUCGAAACGAUCGCACUCUGGAGCAGAUAGUCUUUCCCAUUCCCGAGAUCUGUGAAUACCUGACCACGGACACCAAAAUUAAAAUCCUCAACACCGCAGAACGGGACGACCAGGGAUCCAAAGUGGCGGACUUCUUUGACAAGGCAGAGGAAAUGUUUAACGAGAUGAAAUGGCAAAAGAAGCUAAGAAGUCAACCCUUACUAUUUUGGAUAAGCAGUUACAUGUCUCUUUGGAGCAACAUCCUCUUUAACUGUGUUGUCGUUAUCAAUAUGAUUGUGGCCUUCUUCUAUCCCUUUGAUAAUACUGUGCCAGAGCUUAGUUCCCACAUCUCCUUGCUGUUCUGGAUCAUAACGAUAUUCUCACUUGUUAUUGUGCUAACGCUACCCCGGGAGUCUGGAAUUAGAACCUUCAUAGGCUCCGUCAUCCUUCGAUUUAUCUUUUUACUGGGGCCGGAGUCCACUCUCUGCUUACUGGGAGUCGUCACGGUGACCCUAAAAAGCGUUCACAUAGUGAGCAUAAUGGGCAACAAGGGCACUCUGGAGAAGCAGCUAAUUAAAAUUAUAACUGACUUUCAGUUACUUUACCACUGUAUUUAUAUAGCAUUUUGCUUCUGCGGUCUCAUAUUCCAUCCCUUUUUCUACUCAUUGCUGCUCUUUGAUGUGGUCUAUCGGGAGGAGACCCUGGUCAAUGUUAUUCGAUCCGUGACCCGAAAUGGUCGCUCUAUCGUGCUGACAGCUGUCCUGGCUCUGAUUCUGGUCUACCUCUUCUCGAUCAUUGGCUACAUGUUCUUCAAGGAUGACUUUCUGGUCAGCGUUGACUUCGAGGAGCAAGACAAUGCAUCGCCUCCGUCUGUCCCUUUGACUCUAUCUGUGCCGGUAUCGGGAGAUUCCUGUUCUGCUCCCGAUGAUCUGGGCAACUGCCAGGCAGCCAAGGACAUGGCACCACCGAGUGCUGGUGGCGGUGAAGUGAAGGAGCGUUCCUGCGACUCGCUGGUCAUGUGCAUAGUAACCACACUCAACCAGGGUUUGCGAAAUGGCGGCGGCAUUGGUGACAUACUCAGGGCGCCUUCAAGCAAGGAGGGCUUGUUUGUGGCACGUGUAAUUUACGACCUACUAUUCUUCUUUAUUGUCAUUAUCAUUGUCCUAAACCUGAUAUUUGGUGUCAUCAUCGACACCUUCGCCGAUCUGAGAUCGGAAAAGCAGCAAAAGGAGGCCAUCCUGAAGACCACCUGUUUCAUCUGCUCACUCAAUCGAUCUGCCUUCGACAACAAGACCGUGAGCUUCGAAGAGCACAUCAAGAGCGAGCACAACAUGUGGCACUAUCUGUACUUCAUCGUCCUUGUAAAAGUGAAGGACCCCACUGAGUUCACUGGCCCCGAGAGCUAUGUAUAUGCGAUGGUCAAGGCCGGUAUCCUGGAGUGGUUCCCGCGCCUGCGUGCCAUGUCGCUAGCGGCUGUGGACGCCGAUGGGGAGCAAAUCGAGCUGCGCAGCAUGCAGGCACAGCUUUUAGACACCCAGCUGCUCAUUAAGAACCUGUCCACCCAACUACACGAACUUAAGGAUCACAUGACAGAGCAGCGGAAGCAGAAGCAGCGAUUGGGAUUGCUUAACACAACGGCGAACAGUCUCCUGCCGUUUCAGUGAGUCUGUAGGAAAUAGAAUAGUAUACUAGUUUCGGCACAUCAUUUUGGUAAACAUUCCUUGUGAACCCAAAGGUAUUGGCCCCCUUCGCCACAUUUAUCCUAUUCGAAACACAUUCUCAAUAUAUUCACUGCGGGACGAACAAGAUCGCACGUAUUCAAAAAAUUAAAUCUCCAAGAAUCGUUCAAUAUCCCGAUUAAUAACCAAAAAUCAUUCUGUAUUAGAUUCGAAUUCCAACACCCACACAUACAUUUUCUCAAAUAUCAUGCUCGAUAGAAUUCUACAAACUUAACAAAUGGAGUACAUUAUUAUGUAGUAAACUCACUCAGAGAACUUAGGGCUGUUAACAUGUUGAUUAGUGGGCGUGUUAGGCAUUUUUACAACCUUAAAAGUCUUUACCUUAACUCUCCUCGAUGACUCUGUAAUACCUGAAGCUAGAACCUAGACCUAUGUAAUUAACUUAAAAAGGAUCGCAGAGCGACCUCAAAACAAUUUUGAAGAAUGUUUUAUCUUGUAUUAAAUUAAAUAUAUUAUUUAAUUGUUAAUACUGUAUGAAUGAAUUUUAAUAAGUUUAAAAUGCAAGCAGAACUACUUGAAAAUCUAAAUAUUGUGAUUACCUUUUUAUAUGUUUUUUUCGUUUAUCAUUUCUGAAUGAUUUACUUAGUACUCGAAGCGAGUUGUGUUGGUUAAAUUCGUUCUAAGCUAACAGUUAGAGUAUACAUCCUAAGCGAAACUACACUAUUGUUAAGAGAAUCUUUAUAUCUUUACGUGUAAAGUGGAAUAUAUCUUUGAAAUAAAUACUAUCAAAUUAA